AUGGUACGAUACUCCUCUGUUCCCUGGAGCAGAUUCCCGCUGCCAUCCUUCGGCCCGGCCCACUUCUGUUGGAGUUGUGGCGACUAUAGGUUUCGAUCUCUCUUUGCGACGUUUGUGCGACGCACGCUACCCGCCCCACGUUGCGCCCCUGGCGCUUGGCGGCGCCUCGGCGGCUCCCCUCCUUGCCCGGGCUUCCGAUCCCGCCGUGAUCCCGCGGUUUCCGCCGCCGGCAGCCGAAAAAAACGCUUCCCCUUACGCGUUCCUCCUCUGCCCUCGGCUCCCCUCGGUGUCUCCCUUGCUAAGAGCGGGAAAUCUCCAAGUCGCGGCGUUAGCGGGAACGAAACCCCUAACACCGGCGGUUAUGGCCCACGCAGGUGUCCCCUGGGCCCACAAGAGGCAUUGUUACGACAAGAGAACGACUCACGCUGGGAUGUCAGUCGCAAAUCAAGACCGCACAAUUGA